GAGAAAUGCAAUUCAACAACCUGCAAUGGAAGAGGAAAGUGUUCUGAAUUGCCUACUGGGAUAAUGUGCAAAUGUGAUCAAGAUUUCUAUGGAAACAACUGUAAAUACGAGAAAUGCAAUUCAACAUCCUGCAAUGGAAGAGGCACGUGUUCUGAACUGCCUACUGGGCUCAGGUGCACAUGUAAUCAUGGUUUCUAUGGAUACAAAUGUGAAUACGAGAAAUGCAAUUCAACAACUUGCAACGGAAGAGGAACGUGUUCUGAACUGCCUACUGGGAUCAUGUGCAAAUGUGAUCAAGGUUUCUAUGGAAACAACUGUGAAUACGAGAAAUGUAAUUCAACAACCUGCAAUGGAAGAGGAAAGUGUUCUGAAUUGCCUACUGGGAUCAUGUGCAAAUGUGAUCAAGGUUUCUAUGGAAACAAUUGUGAAAACGAGAAAUGCAAUUCAACAACCUGCAAUGGAAGAGGAAAGUGUUCUGAAUUGCCUACUGGGAUCAUGUGCAAAUGUGAUCAAGGUUUCUAUGGAAACAACUGUGAAUACGAGAAAUGCAAUUCAACAACCUGCAAUGCAAGAGGAAAGUGUUCUGAAUUGCCUACUGGGAUCAUGUGCAAAUGUUAUCAAGGUUUCUAUGGAAACAACUGUGAAUACGAGAAAUGCAAUUCAACAACUUGCAACGGAAGAGGAACGUGUUCUGAACUGCCUACUGGGAUCAUGUGCAAAUGUGAUCAAGGUUUCUAUGGAAACAACUGUGAAUACGAGAAAUGUAAUUCAACAACCUGCAAUGAAAGAGGAACGUGUUCUGAACUGCCUACGGGCCUCAGGUGCACAUGUGAUCAAGGUUUCUAUGGAAACAAUUGUGAAAACGAGAAAUGUAAUUCAACAACCUGCAAUGAAAGAGGAACGUGUUCUGAACUGCCUACGGGCCUCAGGUGCACAUGUGAUCAAGGUUUCUAUGGAAACAAUUGUGAAAACGAGAAAUGCAAUUCAACAACCUGCAAUGGAAGAGGAAAUUGUUCUGAACUGCCUACUGUGCUCAGGUGCACAUGUGAUCAAGGUUUCUAUGGAAACAAUUGUGAAAACGAGAAAUGCAAUUCAACAACUUGCAACGGAAGAGGAACGUGUUCUGAACUGCCUACUGGGAUCAGGUGCGAAUGUGAUCAAGGUUCCUAUGGAAACAACUGUGAAUACGAGAAAUGCAAUUCAACAACCUGCAAUGGAAGAGGAACGUGUUCUGAACUGCCUACGGGGCUCAGGUGCACAUGUCAUCACGGUUUCUAUGGAAACAAUUGUGAAAACGAAGUACCUCAGCCCAAAACAGAAAUGCAAUUCAACAACCUGCAAUGGAAGAGGAAAGUGUUCUGAACUGCCUACGGGGCUCAGGUGCACAUGUCAUCACGGUUUCUAUGGAAACAAUUGUGAAAACGAGAAAUGCAAUUCAACGACCUGCAAUGGAAGAGGAACGUGUUCUGAACUGCCGACUGGGCUCACGUGCACAUGUGACCAAGGAUUCUAUGGAAACAAUUGUGAAAACGAGAAAUGCAAUUCAACAACCUGCAACGGAAGAGGAACGUGUUCUGAACUGCCGACUGGGCUCAGGUGCGCGUGUGAUAAAGGAUUCUAUGGAAACAAUUGUGAAAACGAGAAAUGCAAUUCAACAACCUGCAAUGGAAGAGGAACGUGUUCUGAACUGCCUACUGGGAUCAGGUGCGAAUGUGAUCAAGGUUUCUAUGGAAACAAUUGUGAAUACGAGAAAUGCAAUUCAACAACCUGCAAUGGAAGAGGAACGUGUUCUGAACUGCCUACUGGGCUCAGUUGCACAUGUGAUCAAGGUUUCUAUGGAAACAACUGUGAAUACGAGAAAUGCAAAUCAACAACCUGCAAUGGAAGAGGCACGUGUUCUGAACUGCCUGCUGGGCACAGGUGCGCAUGUAUCCAUGCUUUCUAUGGAAAGAAUUGUGAAUACGGGAAAUGCAAUUCAACAACCUGCAAUGGAAGAGGCACGUGUUCUGAACUAUCUGCUGGGCUCAGGUGCACAUGUGAGCAAGGUUUCUAUGGAAACAGUUGUGAAAACGUUACAACGUGUCCAGGUUUUACUAAACCAAACAAUAGCCAAGUUAAAUGCGAAGACUUGCACGGAGAGAAACACUUCCAGUCUAUGUGCACCUUUACCUGUGAACCGGGGUUUAUUUUGAAUGGGACCAUUUCAACUACAUGCCAAGCAUCUGGCGUCUGGACGGCUCACAACACAGUCUGUCAAGAUGCUGUCAAUUGCCACAAUCCAAUCCUCAUCAUUAUUCCUGUGGUGGUAGGAGCAGCACUUCUUUUAAUAAUAUCAUUGAUCGUUUGGAGAUGCAGGAGAAAUCAUCAAGGACAAGCCGACAUCACCAAUGACCUUUCAACUCCACAGCGGCUGGUACGAUGACAUGUAGAUCAACACUGACAUCGCUCAGCGGGACUUGAAAUAGCAACGAAUGACAUCAUUCGACAGAAAUAUAUCGGUUUCUCGUGUUGCAAUUUGUGAUAUUAAAUCAAAUUGUGUCUUUAAAAUGAAUGUUAAAUUGCUUUUUACAGCUGUUUUUUUUUUACCUCAGUGUUUAUUUGAUAGAGAGGGCAACCCAGUUAAACUUUACUAAUGUUAAAGCUGGGAACUUUCUUAGGAAUAUGACGAGCAUUUGUUAAUUUCGCUAGUAGUAAUUUGCAGGCUAUGAUUUGGAAUGAAAUUGGAAGAAAAUACUGGAAAUAAAUGUGGAGAAUAUUUAAGGGAAAUGUUGAUUGGAAAGGUAAGGGGAAGAAUCCCGAAUGAGAAGGCAGGGAGAGGGGAAGGACUACAAUCCAGCAGGUGAUAGGUGAGAUCCGGGUGAGUGAGAAGGUGGGUGGGUGGGGGAGAGAUGAUAAAGUAAGAAGCUAGUAGAUAGGUGGAACAGGUAAAGGGCUGAAGAAGGAAUUUGAUAGGAAAGGACAAUAGACCAUACAAGAGAGGGAAGGAGGAGGGAGGUGAUGGACAGUUGAGGAGAAGAGAAGGGUAACCAUAAUGGGAAAUGAGAAGAGGGAGAGGGGAGAACUUACCAGAAGUUAGAGAGAUCGAUGUUCAUGUAAUCAGGUUGAAGACUACGUAGGAGGAAUAUGAAGUGUUUCUCCUCCAACACAAGUUUGGCUUUGUCAUGUAGCAGAGAUGUCCCCCUACCUCUCCAGUCCUGAAGAUGGAUCUCAGCCGGAAACGCCGCCUCUUUAUUCCUCUCCAUAGAUGCUGCCUGACUUGAUGAGUCCCUCCAGUAUUUCCAGCAACCGCAAAAUCUCUUUAUGAACUGCCUUGAUGUCAGACUGGAAAACAAGCUCAUGCAUCAGAGACAAAACUAUCUAUCAAAUGUCUCGCCCUUCCGUUAGUGACUUGUAAUGGGAUCUGUCCAUGCAGGGUGACUGGAAGGGAACAUCCUACAGAAUAUAUUAUGAAUGGUAACACACAGGACACAGAGAAUGGUGAUUGUUGCCUGUGGAAUUCAGUUUCCUUUAUUCUGCUUCUAAAUAAAUAAGACGAAGGAAUGAUACUCAAAAACUUCGAGCAAAAAGAAAAAAAAAAGAUGAAUGAGUAAGAAAGAAAUAAUUGAAAUCAACCAUUUAUACUCACGGGAAGAAAUAGAGAAGUCCAUGAUCGUGAUACAGGUUUGAACCACAGUGGAACCAGUUGUUGGACUCAUUAUUCUACAACUUGUUUGAUGUAUGAGGAGCUUAUGAUGGUCCUGGGCCUGUACUCACUAGAGUUCAAAAUAAUGAGAGGGAAUCUCAUUUAAACCUAUAGAAUAUUGGAAGGCCUACAUAGAUGAGUUGGGGUUCCUUAAGGUUGUGAUGGCUGGGGGUGGGAGGGGGUGACAGUGGGGAUAAGCGCUCGCUACCUAUUAAAUGCGACUAAACGUAUGCGUCUAAGAUAGCCUCUGACAAACAAGUCCAGCUCCUAGCCUUCACAUGCAGUUUAGCUACAAAGCCUGAUGGAUCCAUUUCUACUGACUGAAGAAGGGGCAAAGACGGGAUACUGGCAACUUAAAACCAGUCACUUCAGUCAAAUGGGGCUCAUCAGUCGUGAUUGAUUGCUCAUCUAGGAGAAAAAUAAACUCUCGUCUCAAGCCUCCGUUGCCUUGCGGCUGUACCCAUUCAUGGGGAAGUCUUCGGGAGUAAACCCCUGAGGAAAAAGCCGGAGCUGGAGUCCCUAAGGCUGUCCUUGGUUGCGUUCAACACUGACUGACAACUGCUGCGACGCAGUUGGUGACAAACUGUAUCGGCCUCUGUUGUUCCUUUGAAUUCAUCGGGGGAGCUUGCUAUGUGGGUAACAGCUUGCUCUCCAUAUUGUACUUCCCUGGCUUGCGUGUCUCGUAGACAGCUGUGACGCAACACCCGUGGACAAUCCUGACCAACGGAUGGCCUCAAGAUAGAACGGACGUAGAGAGACGCUUUCCUAUAGAGAGUCAAGGACCAGAGGGCAUAGCUUCAGAAUGCAAAGAUGUUGCUUUAGAAUAAGGAUGAGGAGGAAUUUUUUAGCCAGAGUGUGUUGAAUCUAUGGAAUUCAUUGCCAUGAACAGCUGUGGAGGCCAAGUCAUUGGAUAUAUUUAAAGUGGACGUUGAUAGGUUCUUGAUUAAACAUGGGAUCAAAGGUCACGGGGAGAAGGUAGGAGAACAAAGAUGAGAGGGAUAAUAAAUCAGUUAUGAUGGGAUGGUGGAACAGACUCGAUGGGCUGAAUGGCCUAAUUCUGCUAAUAAAUUUACAGUCUUAUGGUCUUGAUUGUUUUGUAGGGCCUAAUGCCUAAAAUUAGCGGCUGAAUUUGUCUCCAUGUUAUAAGUUAUACACCCACCAGCAUAGUCUUAGAGUCAAGUCACGUUCCCUCUGAAGUGAGGUGUAAUAAUAAACUAUGAUUACAAUACUUAUCACAUUGAUAGAAUUAAUUUUUGCAAUGCUUCAUUUUGUGUAAGUGUAAUGGAUUUUGAAGUUGUGAAUUGCAAAAUUUAACUGAGCUCUCAAGUCUGUGUUUCAAAUUGUUUCAUAUAUUAUUGUAGAGUGCUCUGCAAUAAUUGAAUAGUCAGAUCAGUGUGAUAAAUUAUACACUCAGUGGCCACUUUACAAUAUGCAGUUGGUACCUGUUCAUGGUCUUCUGCUGCUGCAGCCCAUCCACUUAAAGUUUUGAUAUCACAAACAAGAGAAACUCUGCGGUUGCUAGAAAUCCAAGCAACACACACAAAAUGCUGAAGGAUAUCAGAAGGCCAGGCAGGAUCAAUGGAAAAAAGUGCAGUUGAUGUUUUGGGCUGAGACGCUUCAGCAGUCCUGUCUGAAACGUGUACUGUACUCUUUGCAUAAAUGUUGCCUGGCCGCUGAGUUCCUUCAGCAUUUUCCGUGUGUUGCUCAAGUUUUGAUAUGUUGGAGAUGUUUUUCUACACAUCACUUUUGGUGGCUAUUUGAGUUACUCUCAUCUUCCUAUUAGCUUGAACCAGUCUGGCCAUUCUCCUCCAACCUCUCUCAAUGAUAAGAUGCUUUUUCCCAAGGAACUGCUCCUCACUGGAUGUCUUUCUUUACUUUUGCACCAGUCUCUGCAAACUCUAGAGCUGGUUGUGUGUGAAAGUUCUAUGAAAUCAGCGGUUUCUGAAAUACUUAAUCCACCCUAUCUGGCGCCAACAAUCAUUCCAUGGCAAAAGUCACUUCGAUCACAUUUCCUCCCCGUUCUGAUGUUUGGUUCGAACAACAACUGAACCUCUUGACCAUAUCUGCAUACUUUUUAUACAUUGAGUUGGCUGAUUGGAUACCUGCAUUAAUGAACACGUGCAUGGGUAUAUGUACAUAACAAAGUGAACACAGAGGGUAGUUAAAGAUGUUUAGAUUUAAUGUAACUUCUGUGAAGGCAAUUUUCUCUGCAAUUGUAUUUCGGUACAAUAAAUUAGUUUCU